GUGAAAUCUCAUCUGCGUCUACAAUGGUUUUCGCUUUGGGUUAGUGGGCUACUGGUAAUAGCGCAAGGUGGUUGCUCUCGGCGUCUCGAAACCCACCCUUCCGGGGCAUGGAUUAGGGAUGGAGACAGGCGACAUCGCAGGGACACAACAUAAAGCUGUUCCGGAAAUCACGGGGAUCAUAAGGAUAUAAGAUGCGUUGUCUGGGUAUAAUUAUUGCUUCGGCGCUCUAUUUCCACGUAAAAUAGCAGCUAAGUAGGUAGACGCACCUCUUAAGUCGUCAUCCCCCACAGCAUCCUGAACUUGGAACAAUGUCGGCAAUAGCGACUGUCACAAACAUAGACGCAGUCAUGCCUACUCACGACCUCCCAAUGAACGACUCAGCGUCAGGUAACCCAGAUAAACCAGAGGCUGAGGCGAUGGGAAAUAAUGACAUCUCUCCCCAAGACACGAUAAAGGAGACCGAGCCUCCUCGGAAGCCAUCAAGAAUACGUUACACGGCGUCCUGUUACAACCAUAACGGUCAGAACUUUGACUACUCCCAGGAUGAGCCAUUUCCGUCCCAGGUCCCUCCGCACGACGAGAAAGCCAAGCCUGUAAUUGAGGUCGUCACCAACAUGAACGUUGGGCUCAGGAGUGACAUAAAGCAAUCCAUUGAAAGGAAUCACGAAAUCGGCAUGAUUAAGAAAGAAACAAUGAGCGACAAGGCCAUACGAGGGAUCGGAAGUUCCCGCAUCAUCGUUCAUUCCCCGUGCUUAUCCGAGCUGAUCCGCGACAUCGUCGACUAUUAUCCGGGGCAAAAUCUGACCGGAGAGACGAUCACAAUCCAUGAACCUUACGGAGUUCUGCUGCACAACUGGGAGAAAUUGGGCCAGAUCUAUGCCUCUCAGGAGGAUUCACCAAAAUUGGUCACGGAUGAUCGACAGACUAAAAUGAAGCACUUGGGCGUGUUGCUUGAGUAUCUGAAUCCAAUCGUCAAAAGUCGGCUCGAACCGAUGCAGAGACGGUUGGGACAAGACUCGCCCACAACAACUUGGGAUGACUUAUGGUAUUUGCUACGACCUGGUUCGCAAAGUUAUUGCAAGUGGGAUCGCCAGUGGUUAGGAUGUAUUGUCGAAGAUGCCAAAAAAUGCGCCCCGGACGCAGAAGACAAUCUUCCCGAACGAUGGAAAGUGAAGAUCUGGUUCCUGGCGAUGCAUUGGUCUUAUGGAACACUGGUCACUGUGACCAAUACCAUCGACAUUCCUAAGUUCGAAGGCGAGAAGAAGGUGGGACAGCUGGACAUUUUCCCAGAGGAGUAUCUUAAGGGUGAGCGAAAGAAGGAAUUCGAGACUCGUGGUGAUCAGAUCUGUGACAUGCUCUGGAGAGGGCACGAAUAUGCCCAUUACGAUGGCGAGUUGAUGAGCAAAAAGAGGAUCAAGUACAAGGGGAAGAUCAUUCUCAAUGCAUAUGGUGAUCAAAGCCCAAGUUUUGAUGAAGAUGAUUGGAGUUUCGAUUUGGUCCCGGAACCUGCACCUGAUCAGGCAAGGCCAACAAACGGUCAUUUGGGCGUAUUGCAGCCCCUAUGGCUUGAUCCCACGAAAGAUUCGAGAGAUCCAGUGACAGCAGCUCACAAAUUUAUCACUUGUCCAGUCGUACCUGGCUUCACUCUUCCGGCGAAGACUUGGGUCUCGGCACAUGUUGGAAGCAUCCAAGACUUGGUACAGGAGGAAGUACCCGAAGCGAUCGUUAGUGGUGAAAAACUGAAGAUUAUCAAGGCUCUAGCCGAACGCCAAUUGACCGCGAAGCCCUGGUCAGCAGACUACAUCAAGAACAAGGGCGAAGGAGUCGUCAUCCUUCUUCACGGGCCCCCUGGUGUAGGAAAAACUUACACAGUUGAAUCGAUUGCUAUGCGGAAGAGACAGCCAUUGAUCAGUCUCACGAUAUCGGAUUUGCGCACCCAGGAUGCGUCUGUAGAGGAGGAACUGACCAGGUGGUUCAAGAUGGCCGACAAAUGGCGCGCUAUCCUUCUCAUAGACGAGUGUGACGUCUUCCUCGAGCGGCGUGAGAAGAAGGACAUUGAACGCAACGCAAUCGUCUCGGCCUUCUUACGAAAGAUAGAGUACUUUGGAGGUCUUCUGGUCGGCCAUAUUGAUGACGCCUUCAUGUCUCGUGUCCACGCUGUCAUCGGUUUCGAUCCGCUCGAUGGUGCGCGACGUGAAAAGAUUUGGGAUAGGGCAAUUCGCAUUAGCAAUGGCGCUAAGAAGUUCUUGAAGACACCCGAUUACACGGAUUGGAACGGUCGUGAGAUUCGCAACGCUUUUCAGACAGCUAUCGCGCUUGCAGAGUAUGAGGCUAAAGAAGCCUCGGACUACGAUCAGACGCAGGAGAUCAUUGUGGAGGCUGAGCACUUCAAGGAUGUGAUGGAAAUGAAUAAGUCCUUCCGAUCCUAUCUGGACAGUAUCAAGGACUCCACUGAGGGGGAGCGGGCGCAUUCAGCUGCGUAG